AUGUACGCGGAGACGAGGCUGGGUUUCUCCUACGUGCAGGGCUUCCAGGCGGAGCUCCACCGCCGCCACCCGUUGCAUAGCGAUGACGGCUGCCUGCUCCUCCACAACAAUGCCUGGGUUUCCAAUCAUGUAAGUCUUCCUUGGACUGUAACAUAGCAGAAGCUUGGGAACUGAUUUGGUUCUUCUCCAGAGAAUUUCUCCCGAGCCCAUCUCGGAAUACGACCUGGGUGAGGAAGGAGACCUCUUCACAGUGCCCGAGCUCCUCCGAGGAGACGACCCACUGAUGGAGCUCGACCCCGUGGCCGCCGCCAUCUCGAUGAUGUCCAACGGCGACGACGCCAUCUCCAACAUCGACUCCAUCGCCGACGACCAGCUCCUCAACGAUGUCUUCUGCGAUUGUGAGGAUCUCCUGGCGGACACCGGCGUGGAAGACGCCUUCCCGGAGCUCUCGGAGGUGGUGCUCCACUCCUCCCUGAGCGUCGACAGCGGCGGUGGACCGCCGGAGAAGAACCCAGCCGACGAUGAAGGCUCCGAGCUCUCGGAUAUCAAGAUUCCUCCUUUGCAGGUUAAAGAGCAGGAAACGCAGAGCGAGCAGGCCGUCGUCGCCGUCGUCGCCGUCGUCGCCGCCGCCGAUGGGCCAUUGCAGAAGAGCGUGAGCUCUGGCUGCUUAGCUUCCAUGGACUGGAUCAAUGGAGUAGGAGGCCAAAUGAAACCCAGAUUCCUCGGCAUUCAAGAGAUGGAUCUGGGGGCAGUCUUCGGGAUGAGGAGGGCCUACAGCGAAGGAGAUAUUCAGGUCAGAUCAUGGAUCUUCUUCUUCUUCUUCUUCUUCUUCUUCUCUCUUCCUCCCUCCAUCUCGCGAUCUUCAUCCACCGAUUUCCCAGUUUGAAGAAGACGAUGAACUUCAUUGAAUCGCGGUUUUUUCAUGAUUUUCUGGCAGACCCUCGGAGAUAAUUACCUGACCCACCUGAAUGCGAGCCUCAUUCAUCCCCCCUUCGAGAGACUGAUAACCCUAGGCGACCCCAAGAUGGAGGACCGCAUGCAGAAGCUCUCCAGGUACAGGAAGAAGAAGACCAAGAGGAAUUUCUGCAGAAAAAUCAAGGUAUACAUGACCAAUUUUUAUUUUUUUUGAUCGCGCUCGCUGAAGAUCGUCGAAGAUUGAUCAGUUCUUCAACCCAAUCAGAUCAGUUCUCUAUUGAUCUGAUCUAACCAAUUGGUCCCUUCGGUCUGCUCCGUCCAACCCACUAGUUCGAACCUGAUUGCUAUCUUUCAUUAAAUUAUCUUUUGUUUUUUUCCCUUUUUUGACCUGUUCCUUGGAUCCGACACAAUCCCUGAUAUUACAUGAAUACUAAUCAUAUGCUUAUUUUACGGUUCAACUUGACACCAACCCCCAUCAUCCGAUUAGAUCACUACUCGAAGGGUUGACUUCAUUAAAGGUUGACCCAUUCCAAAGACCCAGCUCUGCACCAAUCCGACCUAGCUGGUUUACUCCUUGAUUACUAUUGCCAGCGUCAAAGAUUUUGGUCAAACCCUCAGACCCAACUCCUGACCCACUAAUCUGAACCCGGCUAUAAAUCUUUUGACUGAAUCACCACCAAGCUGAGCAUAAUUCUAUUAGGGUUUUCACCGUGAGGCUACUCAAGAACUCAUUCGGACUGCUGGUUCUUGUGCAGUAUGCCUGCAGGAAGGCUCUGGCCGAUAGCCAGCCGAGGAUCAGGGGAAGAUUUGCCAAGACGGAGGAGGGCGAGGUGGGAAAGCCGUCCAAAGCGCUGCAAUGA